AUGCGCUCCAGCGGCGACCUGCGCUCCCCAGCCUCGUCCUACGGCCUUCCGAAGGGCAUGGGGGACUCCUCGGGCCGGCUGUCCCCGGGCGGGCGGCGCCUGCUGCGCGGGGCCGCCCCGUCGCUGCCGGGGGGUCCCCAUCACCCUCCCCGCUCGUCCUACUCGGCGUCCCACCGGAGGCUGCCGGCGCCCAGCAGCUCCCGGGACCCCCUGGAGGCGCCGCCGUCGAGCGCGCUGCGCAACGAGCUGAAGAUCGCGCGCACCUGCGAGAAGGAGCAGCUGCAGGGCCUCAACGACCGCUUCGCCACCUACCUGGAGCAGGUGCGCCGGCUGGAGCAGCGCAACCGGCUGCUGCAGGGCGAGGCGGCGGCGCUGCGGCAGCGCCAGGGCGAGGCGCCGCGCCUCCGGCAGCUCUACGAGCCGCAGCUGCGCCAGCUGCGCGCCCAGCUGGAGGCGCUGCGCCGCGACGGCGGCCAGGCGGCGCUGGACGGCCAGGCUCUGGCCCGCGCCCUCCAGCGCCUGGCCCGCCAGGCGGCCCACGAGGCGCGGCGCCGCCGGGAGGCCGAGCGGGCGCUGGCCGGGGCCCGCCGGGAGGCCGACCGCGCCGCCCUCGCCCGCCUCGCCCUGCAGAAGCAGGCGGACGCCCUCCUCGACGAGAUCGCCUUCCUCCGCCGCGUCCGCGACGAGGAGGUGGCCGAGCUGCAGGCCGAGCUGCAGGAGGCGCAGGUCUCUGUGGAGAUCGACGUGAGCAAGCCAGACCUCACAGCAGCUUUGAAGGAGAUCCGUACUCAGUAUGAAGUGCUGUCUGCCCGAAACCAGCAGUCCGCUGAGGAGUGGUACAAAUCCAAGUUUGCCAAUUUCACCGAGGAAGUUGCCCGCAGCAGUGACAGCAUCCGCCAGGCCAAGGAGGAGAUCUCGGAGUACCGCCGCCAGCUGCAAGCCCACAACUUUGAGAUGGAGGCCCUGCGCAGCGCCAACGAGUCCUUGGAGAGGCAGCUGCAGGAGGCAGAGGAGAGGAACGGCCAGGAGAUCCGCAACUUGCAGGAGACCGUAAACCAGCUUGAAAAUGCCUUGAGGACAACCAAGGGGGAGAUGGCCCGCCACCUCCGGGAGUACCAGGAUCUGCUAAAUGUGAAGAUGGCCCUGGAUAUAGAAAUAGCAGCAUAUAGAAAACUGCUGGAAGGAGAGGAGACCCGGCUCAGCACCAUCAGCAGCAGCACAUUUGCCCUCAGCUAUCCUUACUCCUCAAGCCCCUUGUCCAGCUUCAGGGGCUUCUCAACCAGCAGGGUUACUGUCAGGAAGGAGAAGGGGGAUGGCCCCGAGGAGGCCAAGUUCUCAGGGGACCCAAAGGCUGCGGAGGAGGAGGAGUCUGGAGAUGAGAAGGUGGACAAAGCAAACUAG